GCGAUCCCGUCCACGGGAUCCAAGGGGUGGCCUUUUCAAUGGGGGUGGUAACGUUAGUCUAUCUAGCCACCACUAUCGCUGCUGUUGCUGUAUAACUUUGAGCUUGUUGAGGGCUGUCACAAGACGGAAUGUGCUAAGUAGAUAGAUUUGUGUGUAUGUGUGCAGCAGAAGAGAUCGGGCCUACUGUAACCUAGAGUGUGAUGUGGCGUUUCGUUUUCCAUACCAACUGAGCUGCGUUCGUCAGUAAAGGCGACUUUGGAGUCAGUAAAGGCGACUUUGGAGAAACGGAGAUAUCAUUCUCAUUUCCGUUCCUUUUCGUUUUUCUAUCCACACUGACAACAAUACGCAGCUUUCAUGUAUCCAGUCUAAUAUUAAAAAGGACUUGAGAGUGAAAGUGAAUUUGGCAAGAUGACAGCAAUGACAGGAGGGAUAGGACUAUGCAGGAAUUAAUCGCAGCCAUCACCAUAGCGCGCAGUGACUGUACGCUUUUAUACGUGUAAGACAGCUUCAGUGUGAUGACGUUUGACCAGUUUCUCCGUGGCUAUUGACGAGGAGCUUCAAAUUGGUGUAUUCAGUUACCUUUCAUCAGUGCGGGUUUUGAUCUUGAACGCGCAAGGAAGGAAUGUGUAAUCCGCUCAUUGAUGAACGAACUCGUGCUACACAGUAGAUUACUCUUGAACGAACUGUAGUCACUGUACUGUUAUUACUACCAUUGCUCCAGACGAGGAGAAAUACCACGAAUAUGCAGGCGAGGAGAAAUACGACGAAUAUGCAGCAACCCGUUUUGAACUGUUGCGAUUGUCAAAUGUAAAGUCGCUGUGGCUUGCUUAUGGAGCCAGGGAGAAUAGUACUCGUUUAUUAGUUAUGGUGCUAAGACAUUUAUAAUAGUCCACAAGUAAUACGUUUAAAAUUGAUCCUGAUCAGCAUAGCGGUGCUCUUUUUGCUACUAGAGGAUUUUCUCAAUUCGCGCGGAGUUGAUAGUGACCCUUGAGGACUGCUGGUCUGGAAAAGCAACAAAGGCGGGGGCGCGCAUUCAUGGAAUGCGACUUUGACAGCUCUCCACUACUUAGCUCUCCACUACUUAUCUACUGACCCUAUCAGCGGGCAGCAGGGACGUGCGAGUGAUUGAAGGUGAGAUGGCCGAGGUUCCAGCCCCCAGCCUUCUCCCUGAGUUGGACGUGGCCAUAGACCCAGACUUCGAGCCACAAAAACGGCCACGAUCGUGCACCUGGCCGUUGCCGCGACCCGAGUCCAAUGCUGGGAAACCAGAGAGCAACGAAACUGACAUUAUACCCGAGGAAGAGGAUGACGAAGAGGAACAACAUGCCACUUCCAUGGCCAUCAAUGUUAAUGGCACCAGCUCCAGCCUGGGAGCAGACGACCAGAACAGUAACAGCCCUACGGCCGAAGGACUGCUGUCCGAACAGGAGAACGGAGGCUCCCCGCUCCCCUCCCACUCCCCCACGGCCACCUCUGGCGCACUCAGCACCAGCAGCCCGGGGGCGCAGACCGCACGGAAGUCCUCGUCGCGCAGGAACGCGUGGGGGAAUCUCUCAUAUGCUGACCUGAUAACCAAAGCCAUAGGCAGCACGCCAGACAAGAGAUUGACUCUGUCUCAGAUUUAUGAGUGGAUGGUGAGAUGUGUGCCGUACUUCAAAGACAAAGGCGACAGCAACAGCUCGGCUGGGUGGAAGAACUCCAUCCGGCACAACCUCUCCCUCCACAGUCGUUUCAUCCGUGUCCAGAACGAGGGAACGGGAAAGAGUUCCUGGUGGAUGAUAAACCCGGAGGGAGGAAAAGGCGGGAAGGCCCCCCGGCGCCGUGCUGUCUCCAUGGACAACAGCAACAAGUACACCAAGUCUGCCCGUGGCCGCGCAGCCAAGAAGAAGGCGGCCCUCCAGGCAGCGGCGGCCGGCGAGGGGGGCGGAGACAGCCCCUCAGGGCUUUCCAAGUGGCCAGGCAGCCCCACAUCACGGAGCAGUGAGGACCUGGAUGCCUGGACAGACUUCCGCUCACGCACCAACUCCAACGCCAGCACGCUGAGCGGGCGCCUCUCGCCCAUCCUGGCCAACCCAGAGCUGGACGAGGUGCCGGACGAUGAACCGCAGCUGUCACCCAUGCUCUACUCCAGCCCUGGCGGGGCGCUGUCGCCCGGGAACACCCCCACGCCCAAUGGGAAGGCAGUGCCCGCAGAGCUGCCCCGCCUGGCAGACCUGGCAGGAACCAUGAACCUGAACGACGGGCUGACGGAUGACUUGAUGGAUGAGCUGCUGGAUAACAUUACUCUGGCCCCCAACCCAACCGGACCGACCACCCAGAGAGGAUCCACCGGAUUCAGUUUUGGCUCCAAGCCUGCCGGGCUGGGCUCCCCCUCCUCAGCCACCCCGCUCUCCGCUGCAUCCCCUUCUAAUGGUGCAAGCAGCGGUGGCUACAAUAAUACAAUCUUCGGGCCCCUCGCAGCGGGCUCCUCCCUGCGGCCCGCCCCCAUGCAGACCAUCCAGGAGAACAAGCAGACGUCCUUCUCCUGCAUCUCCCGCUUCGGCAGCCAGACCUUGCAGGACCUGCUCAACUCAGAGGGCCACAGCCACAGUGACGUCAUGAUGACCCAGUCCGACCCGCUGAUGUCACAGGCCAGCGCCGCCGCCGUCAUCUCCCAGAACUCCCGGCGAGGCCUCAUGCUCCGCAGCGACCCCAUGAUGACCUUUGGGAUCACGGCGGCUGGCCAGGGAGGGCAGGGGGGGCUCUUGCACCCCCACAACCACAUCCAGGGCUCCCUGAGGACCCUGAACGGGGGUCUGAGCCUGAACAACGAGGCCAACGCCAAGCAGCAGCUCCUGCACUCUCCACUGGGACUUGGAUCCAACGGAUCCUCCAUGAUGCAGAUUGACUCGUCUCUCUUCCUGAACGGGAGCGCUGGUGGCAGCGGUGGGAUCUGCUCGCUAGGCCCCGACCGCUUUCCCACCGACCUGGACCUGGACAUGUUUAACGGGAGCCUGGAGUGUGACAUGGAGUCCAUCAUCAGAAACGAGCUGAUGGACGCAGAUGGCCUGGACUUUAACUUUGACUCUCUGGCCAACCUGAACGGAACCAACCUGGGCAGCUUCACCAGCACCAAGCAGGGACCCCAGAACUGGGUCCCUGGCUGAGAGGGAGGCCACACUCUGGAGGUGGUGGAGCAGGUCCCAACUGUAAAGCAUGAGAAGAUCAGACACAAAACGUCAUUUUUGCCAAACCUGACAUCAGCACACCGUGGAAUAAAAUCCCUCUGUUAACACAAGACCUCCUCUAGAGAAAUGUACCUUUGCUCCCACUCUGACCAUGAACAUUUCAAUGACACAGACUCACAAGACGCUACUGUCAGUUACUCAAAGCCUCCUGCAAAACAAACAAACAAAUAAAUAAACAAUGUGAAAUCUUCACAACAAGCUCAUCUCAGAAUUAUGCAAUCUUCCUUUGAGAAAACACCAGUCGGGACAAAAUCCAUUGUAAAGAUUUCAGAGAGAGAGAGAGAGACUGUGUUUUGUUUAUUUGAAAGGGUUUUGGGCUGGGAAACCAGGAAAUGUGGCAAGCAAGGUUGUAGUGUACAGUCAAGUAAUUCCUGUUAGAAGAAAUGACAAAAGAUAAACAAAAGUGAUGUGAAAUCUAAUAUAGUGGUUUCUGGGGUGAGUUACCUUGAAAAUCUUCCCUCUGUUUUCACUCAGUGAUUUUAAAUGUUUAAUGUUUGUUUUGAAUUCCUGUUUUGUCAUCAUCCCUGUGUCUGCACCUGUUUGUGUAAAAAAAAGUAUUGAUGAAUUGAGAGGAAGGAGACAAUAUCUGCAUUUAAAAUAGUGACAACACACACACGUUACACACACACCUCCCAAAAUGACAAGACUCCAUAACCCCUUAGGAGCGAUGAUGACAUAGGUUUAGUUGUUUUCAUUUUACAUGAGUUUGAUUGAUUAGUCCCAGUUUUAAAAUGACUUCUAAUAAAAAUAAUAAUGAUAUACAAUUAUCCUUAGCCAAAUACUAUAGAGAGAGAUUGUAUCUAACUGUAAAAAAUAGAAGAAAAAACAACAAGAAAUCUGUGUAAAGUACACUGCAGUGGAAGCUUCAAGUUAAAGGAAGAGCCGAGGAGGAGGGGGAGAUUAGAUAUUCUUUCUUAGCUAAUUGGAGGGUUGCAUCGAGGAUGUGUAAUACAGCAUAUGUAGCCAAAAUGAAUACCUAUGUCCUAGCGUUGUGUACAUUUCCACACCAUAACGGGUGCUAUGAUGUAAACAGUGUUUGAGUCCAGGCCCUAGUAAGCCGUGCGUUUUACCUACGUGGCCUGCUGAGCCGUAGCCGUAGAAGUAGCAACGGCAGGGUGGCGCUGAGAGGCUAGGAGGUUGUACAGUCAGGCUCCUCCCCCUCUGGCAGCCAUUUUGUUUUUCUUGAGAAAACCAUAAGCUAUCUGUAUAUAUUGCCAAAUUACUUGAAACAUGUACAUGUAGGUGACGCUGGCAGCCAAACACCACAACACAAUAAGAGCAAAGUAUAUAUGUUUCAGCUCUGCUUGUUGUUUCGUUGUGGGCUUGAGGGGCAUGUUAUUAUAUGCAUAUACCAUCACUCAGGGGGAAGAGGGAGCUAGCCUAUACCUAACAUUACACCAGGUCCCAUCUCCAUGGUAGAACACACAACAACAAGUCCUUUGUUGGCAAAAAAGUAAUGCUUGUGUCGUGAACUUGUAACCUGUGAACUAUGACCUUUCAAGAGGUAGAGGAAAAUAUUCACUCGUUCCUGUCGUUCUGUUUUUUUUUGGAGUCAUAGUUUUUUCUCCUCAUGUGGGAUUCGUGACGCGCGCACACCCACACCCUCACAGACACACCUGGUGCUCCUACAGGUCUCUCCUGUAUCUCCUGAGUGCGUGUUCGUGUGUGUGUGACUGUGGACUUUUAUCUCAUUUAUUGAUUUUAUCUCACAAGGAUAUGUUAUCCUUCGUUAUCCUUCAUGGCGCAUACAGCACCCCCUCUGUAUGCAUGUACUGUAUUUAUGCAUUAUGAAUUGUGUGAAAUGCAUAUAUAUAUAUAUACUCACUCUAUGUCCUUUAUAUACUCAUGUAGUACUGGUUUUUUGUGAUGCCUCGGAAGGUAGGGUUGAAGAAAUAACUUUACAUUACCUGCCCGUUUGGAAGGGAAAAUGCUACGCUAGUAUUAGCAAUGCUAUUGUUGUUGAACCAGAUAGAGAACCAGGACACCAUUAUUGUAGCAGCAUCUGGGCCGCUGGUACCCCUUCUGUGUCUGGGGUAGUUACCCAGAGGGUUGCCCUGGCCUGUCUGUCCUGUAUAAUAGUGUACAAACAAACAAACGUGUGUAUGUAUGUCCGUCACCCAGAGGCCGAGGCAGAGGAGUGUUUGUGCAUGGCUGGGUAGGUGAUCUACUGUAGCAGUGCUACCUGAAAUGUAGUGCAUGACCCCCACCCCUUCACUGAAGUUCUAGACCAGUGGUGCACUCAGCUCUCUCAGUAUGGGGAGAAUCUCUAUGAGUCCCAGUACACACAGACAGGAGAGUAGAUCCCCUAAACUUGAAAUCUUCUAACCCCAUCGUUUUCUGGAACCUGUGACUUCCAACAAACCUAGAGCCUUCUAUGACUCUUCACUGCACCUUACCUCUUAUAGAAAUGUCCCUGUAUUAUAGUGUACAAACAGACCGAGAAGGGGAGAAAGAACCCAGUCAGCCCAGAACAGAUGUUCCACAGAUGCAUUCUUUGCUACUGCGUUUAGAGGAAACAGGAAGGCUCCUUUGGCCCCAUAAUGAUGGCACACACACACAGUACUACCCCCAUGUCCAGAAUAGAAAGUCAGAAGUACCACUAGUUACUCUUUUAGUCACGACAUCAGCCCCCUGUUCUUCAAAGCUCUUCUUGAUCCUAGAACCUUCUGCCCAUCGUUAGCCCCGCCCCUCACCUGCCUUGCUGUCACCUAUGACCUCUGCUCUUUGACCCCUGUAGUAAACUCGCUUCUUCUUGACGAUGUUGAUGUAAGUGGGUAUUUUUCCUGUGUAUUCCAUUUUGAAUUGUAAUCUAGUUUGUACAAGAAAUGGUGCGCAUGUAAAUAAACCUUGGUGAAACUCCACACUCUC